AUGUCUGAUCUCCCUCCCACUUUCGAUAUUCCCAAGGAGUGCUGGGGCGCCGUCGUGAAAGAUGAAGGGCCCAACUUCUAUGUCGAGGUCGAGAAGGUCCCGGUGCCUGAGAUUGGACCGGACGACGUGCUGAUCAAACUCAAUGCUACAGGCCUCUGCCUCAGCGACAUCCACUUUAUGCUCAAUGAUUGGAACCUGCCCAAGAUGUCCGACCUGGGAACCAAAUGUGCUGGCCAUGAAGGAGCCGGCAUCAUUGUCAAGGUCGGCGAAAGAGUCAAGUCGUACAAAGUGGGUCAACGUGCUGGCUUCAAGCCAAUCCAAGACGUCUGCCACACCUGCGAAUACUGCAAGACGGGCAGGGAGACAUAUUGUCAAAAGGCGAUCUUCACUGGCUGUUUCUGUGAUGGUUCUUACAAGCAAUACGUCGUUUCGCCAGAGAGAUACACUUCGCUAAUUCCUGAUGGCGUUUCCGACUAUGUGGCCGGUCCCGUCAUGUGCUCCGCCUCCACGAUCUACUCGUCAAUCAAGGAAUCAGGCCUAAAGGCAGGUCAAUGGGCGGUCUUCCCUGGAGGAGGAGGCGGUGUCGGUAUCCAAGGAGUUCAAUUGGCUGCGGCAAUGGGAAUCCGACCAAUCGUAGUGGACACGGGGGAUGAGAGAAGGACACUGUCCAAGAGCCUGGGUGCCGAACACUUUGUUGAUUUCAAAGAAGGCGACCCUGUCAAGGAUGUUCUUGAACUGACAGGAGGUGGUGCGCAUGCCGUCUUUGUGACCGCGGUACAAUCCUACCCCAUCGCCCUUGGCUAUCUCGGUGCCCGUGGAGGUGGACAAAUUAUGUGCAUUGGAAUUCCUCCCCAUGGAAAAUACCACAUUGAUCUGGAUCCUACCCCACUUGUUUUCCGGAAUCAGUCGAUCAAGGGCACUCUAGUCAGCAGCCUCGCGGAUAUUGAGGAAACACUGGACUUCGCGAAGAGAGGCAAACUGCGUCUCGAACCUACGGUGGUGGGGUUAAGCAAAUUCAACGAAGCCGUUCAGAAGCUCAAGAAUGGACAAGUUGCAGGCCGGAUGGUGGUGGACUUCAACAUGCCAUAA